CACCAUCUCUUCGUAUUUUUACUAUUCUAAGCUUUCCAUUUUCAUUUCUCAUUUUUUUUUCUUCAGUUCGAAAACCCCAUAAAAACAUUGUUUAAUUUUUGAUAAAUAUAUUCCAUUACAAUUUUCUCCAUUAAAGCUUUAACGAAUCACCAGGUUUGAGACGACUCGUCGGAAAAUGGGGCGCCGUCUCUUCACCUGCUUCGGCAAAGGCGGUUCUUCUCAAUCUUCUUCGAAAGAUCUCAGCUCAAAGAAUAACGACAGUGCGACGGCGGAUUUAACGGCGGAGGAGCAAAAACGGUGCGGGCCAGUGGUGGUGGAGUUAUUCUCAUCGCAAGGCUGCGCCACCUCGCCUGAAGCGGAGCUAUUGUUUUCGAGGAUUGGGAGAGGCGAUUUUAACCUAGAAAUGCCGGUGAUUUUGUUGGCUUAUCAUGUGGAUUAUUGGGAUUAUAUGGGUUGGAAGGAUCCAUUUGGGUCGAGUUUAUGGACGGUUAAACAAAAAGCGUAUGUUGAGGCCUUAAAUCUAGAUACCAUGUUUACGCCUCAAAUUGUGGUUCAGGGACGAGCUCAAUGUGUUGGGAAUGAACAAGAUGCUGUUUUCUCUUGCAUCAAUUCUGCUCCCAGAUUUGCUGCUCCUUCCUUCCAGGCGACAUUCGAGAGGCCAACACCAGAGUCGUUGCAAGUAUCUCUAUUAGGAUCUCUGAGGAGUAAGGUGGACAAUGAUGGUGCCAACGUGAUGAUUGCUCUGUACGAAGGUGGUCUGGUCACUGAUAUCGCUGCAGGAGAGAACAAAGGAAAAAUGCUUGCGAAUGACUAUGUUGUCAGGAGGCUGGAGAAGCUUUGCUCUGUAAAGGAUAUUACUGCAAAGAAGACAAUCUCAGGAACUGUCAACUUCUCUCUUUGGGAUGGCUUCAAUAGCAGCAAAUGUGGCGUAACGCUCUUUGUGGAAACUGGCUCUCAUCAAAUAUGUGGAUCACAAAACUUUAAAUUGCCGGAAAAUCUCUGAAUUCUUCGAUGAUAUAUCACUGAUUGAAACUCUUGAUGUGCUGGUUAUAGGUUGGAUUGCUUGUAGUGCGCGUAUCUGAUUGAAAUCAAAUCUGCAAAACAUUCUAUUUACCAGCUUGUUCCUUGUGUAUAUAGGUUGUGUGAGACUGUUCAUGUUAGAUU